AUGCUUGCCGCCCAUAGGAACAAUAAGGCCACGGGCCGUGCCAAGGCCCUUGGUCUAUCAGUCAACACUAAGUCUGCUUCUGCUUCUGCUCAUGGCACCAAGCCGUUAGCAGUACAAGGUGAUUCAUCUCAGAAGACCCUUGUCGCUUCUCACUCGCCGUCUUCUUUGAAGGCUUGCGAGGCUCUCUUGAACCCUGACUGGCGAGGUAAUCGUCGCACUGCCCCUAGUCUGCAAAUGCCCCCUGUCACGGCGGCCUGGGAUCAAACAGAAUUCCAGAAAGCCGGAGGCAAGCAAGUUAAGCAGCUUACUAUCGACACAAGCGUGGUCAACCAGUAUGGACCCCGUCGAUACAGGGAUACGCCGGUUGACCCUGACUUUAUUCAUUCGGCACCCGUAACUAAGACCACCUUCGGCAUUGCGGAAGAAUCGACCUUGAGCGAUGUCGAAGAGAGUCCAGACUCCAGCGACUACAUCCAGUACAUCAACGACACAGCUUUUGAAAAGUCUCUCGUCGAACUUGAUAGUUUGACACCAGCUACUCGAGAGAGCUUCGAAAAGCAACUAAACUGGCAGAAGCCAGCUGCGAGCCAAAGCAUCGACAAGGAAGACCAAUGGUACGAUGAUUGGAAUUGCAGAGCGCCCCUAAGCGCUAUUCCCUACACCUCCAAUGCCCGAGGUCUUCGAGACACCGAGUUCCCUACAGCGUCAGUUCAUUCCUUCAGUAAUGAAAGACGACUCAGUAGACAUGGCUGGGAUGACCUCGAUAGACAUGUUACAAAGAAUCUUGCUCUGCUUGAAGCUCCACGUACGGCUGGUCUUCCAGUCGAUCGCCUCCGAAAGGACUAUGAGAAGAGUCAACAAGCGGUGGCCAUGAAGCCAGUCGUUGAAGACCCGGCAGUCCAAUACAUGGAAACUGGAGGCCGUUCACAGGGAAAUCAAUUCCCGUUAAAGCUCGAGCAAGAGAGCCAGGAGAGACAGGCAAGCUUUGAGGCCCUUAUCAACAAGUUGCAACGAUCUUCCAAACUUCGUCUGGGUGCCAAUCCUGCCGUGGAUAUUAAGCAGUCAUCAAUACCUAAGAAGUCCAAGAAACACGAGCCGGAUUCAUCUAGCCAAUCGUCAGACUCUUCCGGAGGCGGUGUUCGCCUUAAGGGCACUUUGCUUAACCCCAAGGCCACCGAAUUCAAGUGUACAUCCAAUAAGCUUGUUUCUGCUGACCGUCAAAGCCAGACAAGCCAUGUUCAAGAGUCUUGCAGCGAGGUGUCUCCAGUUGAGAGUCAAGCCGAUGGUAGUAGCAUGACUAUAACUUCUAAAGACGUCCGAGACCUGUUUGGGUUCAUAAGAGGAUUGAAGGAACAAAUUGUCAAUUUAGAGCAGGCUUCACAAGAAUCAUCGAUACAAUUGAAGCAGCUUCAGCACUUACAGACACUCGCAAGUCAGUACAACCUGAAUCCAAACAUGUACCAGGGUCCUUCCGCACCUGGAUAUGGAUAUGGAGCGCAGUCGGGACUUCAAUCGGGAGUCCAGCCGAACGGAGGUUAUAUGCCGCCUCAACCUUACCAGGCACCGGUUACCAUGCCAUCCCAGCCAUAUCAAGUACCCGUCACUGGUCCGUCCCAAGAUUAUCCAAACGCUCCUUCCAGUAUGGCGAUGGUCGCGGCCGGUUAUUAUUACCCUCCUCCCAACAACUCGGGAUUCAAUGGACGUGCACCGUACACGUCUAUGCCUAGCACCAACGGUCCUCAGAACUUCCAACCAGCAACUCAAGGCCAGCAGUCACAAGCAAUGCAGCUGUACCGUCAACCGGGACCCGUCACUAAGGCUACUCAACCCAAUGACCUACCUCUGCAUGUGAAAGCUCAGAUGGUAUAUGGACCUAAGCCUGCACGCAAGCCUAAGGGCCUCCCAUCUCCUGGUGACUUUAAAUGGACAAGACAGCAACAAGAUUACGAGCUGUACCUGGAGCAGAAGCGAGCCACUAACAUUGGGUAUGCCAUGAAAUGUCGAGAGCGUCAAGCGAAGCGCGCCAACCGACGACGUCUUCCUGCCCCCGAGGCUUCUGAUAACUCCACUGGAGCUCCUUGGGGACGUCAGAUUACUUACUAGAGCCCGCGAUCUCUUUCAACAACAUUGCCGCACGUUUCGCUAAUAUGAUUAUAUGAUGCGGUGGACUAAGCGGGUGGAAAGGGAGGAUUUUGAGCAUCGUGCUAAGUUAAGAGCAUGGUUUAAGAUGCUCUACUACAGCUUGAUUCGACGUGUUCUAGCACUAUGAUUUUCUUUUCGAC